AUGGCAAACAAUCAGUUGCAAAUUACGCCAGCAGAAUUGUGCGAAGCCGAUGACAUUGCCACAGCGCUCGUCGUUGAUCAAUACCUAGGUUUUACCACUCACAAAAUGAACACCAGGUUUCGCCCUCCAAAAGUUCCUAAGGACUACUUGAAAAAUGUAAUUUUAAAGUUCAAAGAACAUCAAGACUAUGAGCUUGUUUUGAAUCAAAUCAUGGAGGGCGAUUGGGCGCACUCACUCUAUAACAUCAAGAGUCAGAGAAUGCAAAAAAUUAUUCGGCAACACAUUGUUAACUUUCUGCGAAUGUUUGACAAAGAGUCAGGUUAUGAAAUACAACCGUGUUAUCGAUAUUCUCUUGAAGGCAAAUGCGGGGCCAGACUGUGCGCCACUCAAAAGUGGAGAAAAAACGAUAAAAUUGAACAUCUGGUUGGCUGCAUUGGCGAACUGACCCCAAAG